GAGUUCUCCAAGGAGAGAGAGAAGGCCAAGGCUCGUGGAGACUUUCAGAAACUGCGAGAGAAGCAACAGCUGGAGGAGGACCUGAAGGGCUACCUGGACUGGAUCACUCAGGCUGAGGACAUCGACCCGGACAACGAGGACGAGGAGGGCUACGAGGAGGGCAAACGCAACCGUAAGCACCCUACAACACACACACACAAACGCGCACCCACACACUACCCUAAAACACGCACACACAAACGUGCGCACGUACAAAUGCGCACACAAAUAUGUGCACGAGACCAGUAAUAAUGUAUUUGAUUUGACACACGCAGAGACUAAAAUUGAGCUUUUUGGCCAUCAAGGAAAACGCUAUGUCUGGCGCAAAUCCAACACCUCUCAUCACCCCGAGAACACCAUCCUGCUAUGGGGAUGUUUUUCAUCGGCAGGGACUGGGAAACUGGUCAGAAUUGAAGGAAUGAUGGAUGGCGCUAAAUACAGGGAAAUUCUUGAGGGAAACCUGUUUCAGUCCUCCAGAGAUUUGAGACUGGGACGGAGGUUCAACUUCCAGCAGGACAGUGACCCUAAGCAUACUGCUAAAGCAACACUCGAGUGGUUUAAGGGGAAACAUUUAAAUGUCUUGGAAUGGCCUAGUCAAAUCCCAGACCUCAAUCCAAUUGAGAAUCUGUGGUAUGACUUAAAGAUUACUGUACACCAGCGGAACCCAUCCAACUUGAAGGAGCUGGAGCAGUUUUGCCUUGACGAGCUUAUAGAGACAUACCCCAAGAGUCUUGCAGCUGUAAUUGCUGCAAAAGGUGUCUCUACAAAGUAUUGAAUUGGUAGAAUGUUUGUUUCACAAUAAAAAAUAAUUUGCAUCUUCAAAUUGGUAAGCAUGUUGUGUAAAUCAAAUGAUGCAAACCCCCCAAAAAUCCAUUUUAAUUCCAGGUUGUAAGGCAACAAAAUAGGAAAAAUGCCAAGGGGGGUGAAUACCUUCGCAAGCCACUGUACAUCUCCCUACACUAAAAUAUUGCACACUCACACUCGUGCACACACACACUCACACACACACACACACACAAACACAAACACAAACACACGACAGAGCAGAUAAUAUAGAUUUGGUGAUCCAGAGUCCCCUGUAAUGUAGGUCAGUGUAGGGAGAUGAAGCCAAAUGAUCAAGGUUGUUUUUGAGAGAAAAAAAGAUUACACACAGAAGCUAUGUCACGCUGCACUGUGAGUCAGGUGAUUAUACUCUCUCACUCUCCGUCGACACACACUUCACACACUUAGACACACACACACGCUCCUACACGUAAACAUGUUAACCGCUACAUCUUGUAAUCAGCAACAUUCCCAAUAUUGUUGUCAACUAUUGUUAUGACUCUAAAGAGUAUUUAUAUCAGGUGUGUGAGGUGCACUAUACAGCUCUAUUAUCAUAGCCUUCCUCAGUUCACACCCUAGUAAUGUGUGCAGAGCUCUCUGUGUGCCGGUUUAGUUAGUCUGAGGAGGGAGAACAGGGAUAAAUCAUAUUACUUGAGCAGAAAAAAAGACUGUAAUCCAAAUCCUCUUUAUAUAAGCAGCACAUGAUGCAGAACAGAACAGCGAAACUGCUACUGUCCAUUCAUACAGCUUUAGUACAGUAUCUCUAUCCACCCUCCCUAUCAACCAGUGAGCAGCACGACGCUACUACAACAUCUCUCAUUCCCCCUCCCCUAAAACCUCUUUCGCUGUGUAACUUUAGAGCUGCCUCUCUCCUGUACUCUCUCCACACCGCAGAGCUUCAGUACGGUCCCAGUCCCGGUCCUGUUUACAAAUUAGGGAGAUUUAGUCAAAUAUCUCUGCCAAGCUUCCAAAUACACUCUAGUUUUACUUGGAUUUUUCUCCUUUCACCCAAAUGAGUCUAGAGUCAAUAACUGGAUUUAGUCUUUGAACCUUUAAACCAAGUUAAGCAAAGUAAGGUAUAGUCAAUUAUAGUAAAGUAUAUUCAAGCGUAUUCAAGUAUAGUCAAGUAUAUUCAAGUAUAGUCAAGUAUAGGAAAAUAAAGUGUAGUGAAGUCUGAUCAUUCUAGUGUUUAUCAUCAGAAUUAGCACCACUGCCUCCAUUCACGCAGUCAACAGAAACACUAACUGGAUAGUAAUGUGAUAGGAGAUAUGGUAGUAACAGCAACUUCAGUAUGUAAGUCUCAGAAGUGAGCCUUCUAGUGCUGGGAAUGCUUGGCACUGGGCUGAAGGUCGGGGGUUAUAAUAACAUGGAUCCCCUUGGCGAUACCAACCUGGGAAAUGUAUCAUGCUGGCUUUUCUGUUGCUGUCACCGGUCCGGGCCAUGACAUGAGAGACUGUAUGCUAACAUGUACAUGUGAAUGCUGUUAAUUUGCAUUGCAGCAUGUUAGUAUAGACUCUAGUGCUACUGUUAUGUAUUUUACUGUUCUGUACUGUUCUGUUCUGUACGCCCCCCCCCCCCCCCCCCCCCCCCCCCCCCCCCUCCACCCCCGGCCUGCAGACACUAGCUUCCUGUCAUGUGACUAACAGCUGUCCAUCUUCCUCUUCUGCUCCUCUUCAGUGUCUACUACAGUCCAUCCUAUUGGUGUCAGUGUCAGUGGUGCUGGUGUUGUCAGUCAGUGUCGCUGUUGCCAGCUGUACUGUUGUUGUUGUUGCUGUGGUUGUUGUUACUGUUGUUGUGGUGAAUUGUUACUGUGCUGCUCUAACCCGUCUUGAUAGAGCCCUAUUCUCGCCCCCAUGUUUCUCUGCUGUGCCGUUUGGUGCGCUGCUGUCUGAAUGCAUGGGCUUGCAUGCUUUACACAUGAAGGGGUGACUCUGGCUGACCUCACAGAGAAGAAGAAAGGAAGCAGGUUUGGGUGGUUCAGCCAGUCCUCCGACACUCAUGGUAAAUCCCCUGGUUUUCCCUUCCACAUUGAAGAAGUGUGUGUGUGUGUGUAGGGUGGGGUGUGUGUGUGUGUGUGUGUGUGUAGCAGUGGAGGUUGCUGAGAGGAGGAUAGCUCAUAAUAAUAGUUGGAACGGAGCGAAUGGAAUGGCAUCAAACACAUGGAAACCAUACGUUCGAUGUAUUUGAUACCAUUCCACUGAUUCCGCCCCAGCCAUUACCACGAGCCCGUCCUCCCCAAUUAAGGUGCCACCAUGUAUGUGUGUCCGUGUGCGAGUUAGCAAGAUCGUGUGUGUGUGUGUUGAGUCUGCACUUUUGUGUGAAAGCUUGUGUGUUUGUGUAUGUACUAAUGUGUGCAGCCUAAUCCCCCUGCUUGUGCUUUGCUAUUGUGAUUGACCCUUCUUAUCCCCUGUGAGAGUAGUCAGGUGAUGAGUAGCAGGGAGCAGAAUAUGAAUACAUACUUCCCCGGUUGAUGCCAGGCGCUCAACUUCUCUCCCUCUCGCUCUCUCUCUAUGCACAGCCCAUUUAAAGCAACAAGGCUAGGGGCUCAGUGUGAAUAGGCAAACAGGGCUAAACCCAGAUCACUACACCUAACAGCAUUCAGAUAUUGAGAGAGAGACAGAGAGAGAGCUGUCUCUGUCGUAGCACUCGAAAGUCAAGGAGAACGCUUUCACACAAACUAAGCAGCAGUGCGUCCGUACCCUCGCACAAACAAGGAGUGCUCUCACAUAAAAGUUGUAGCACUGUCAGGGUUUUUUGCUGGAUCAAAAAGGGGCUUAGGCGAUGAGCGUGGCAGGGGGCGUGGCAACGGGCAUGGUCCACUCUUAUUUUCUCUGGGAUGUGUUUGACACAGCUGUGGUACCUAGGGUGUGACUGCGCACUGUACGUUUGAUGUGUGUAGCGCUGUCAGGGUUUUUUUCUGGAUCAAAAAGGGGCUUAGGCGAUGAGCGUGGCAGGGGCGUGGCAACGGGCAUGGUCCACCCUUCAGCGCAGGUGAAUUUUAGAGAACAUUUGGAGAAAUGUUUGCUUUUUUUUUGUGUAUUUCCUGCAAUUCUACACAUUUCUCCAUGGAGCUGAGAGAAAUGUUUACAGUUUUAAAGCAAAUUUCCUGCAAUUCUACCAAUUUUGCCGUGGAGCUUAGAGAAAAUGUUGCAUAUUGAAAACUAAUUUCCUGCAAUUCUAUGCAUUUUGCCAUGGCUAAUUGACAAGCAGAAUAACUAAAUCAAUACUGCUAAAUUCAUUGUUUUGGGAAUUUACUAUUCUCCCUGUCUAGCUUUAAUUUUGGUAAUAGUUAAUUCUCAAAGACUAUAUUAUGAAACAAUAUAUAGGUCCAUUAUCUUUUCUACAUACACUACCGUUCAAAAGUUUGGGGACAAUUAGAAAUUCCCUUGUUUUCGAAGGAAAAGCAAUUUUUUUGUCCAUUAAAAUAACAUAAAAUUAAUCAGAAAUACAGUGUAGCCAUAUUCCCAUGUAGCUCAGUUGGUAGAGCAUGGCGGGUUCGAUUCCCACGGGGGACCAGUAUGAAAAAAUUUAUGCACUCAGUAACUGUAAGUCGCUCUGGAUAAGAGCGUCUGCUAAAUGACUAAAAUGUAAUGUAAAAAUAUUAAUGUUGUAAAUGGCUAUUGUAGCUGAAAACUGCUGAUUUUUAAUGGAAUAUCUACAUAGGUGUACAGAGGCCCAUUAUCAGCAACCAUCAGUCCUGUGUUCCAAUGGCACGUUGUCUUUGCUAAUCCAAGUUUAUCAUUUUAAAAGGCUAAUUGAUCAUUAGAAAAACCUUUUGCAAUUAUGUUAGCACAGCUGAAAACUGUUGUGCUGAUUAAAGAAGCAAUAAAACUGGCCUUCUUGAGACUAGUUCAGUAUCUGGAGCAUCAGCAAUUGUGGGUUCGAUUACAGGCUCAAAAUGGCCAGAAACAAAUAACUUUCUUCUGAAACUUGUCAGUCUAUUCUUGUUCUGAGAAAUGAAGGCUAUUCCAUGCGAGAAAUGGCCAAGAAACUGAAGAUCUCGUACAACGCUGUGUACUACUCCCUUCACAGAACAGCGCAAACUGGCUCUAACCAGAAUAGAAAGAGGAGUGGGAGGCCCCGGUGCACAACUGAGCAAAAGGACAAAUACAUUAGAGUGUCUAGUUUGAGAAACAGACAGCUCACAGGUCCUCAACUGGCAGCUUCAUUAAAUAGUACCUGCAAAACACCAGUCUCAACAUCAACAGUGAAGAGGCGACUCUGGGAUGCUGAUCUUCUAGGCAGAGUUGCAAAGAAAAAGCCAUGUCUCAGACUGGCCAAUAAAAAUAAAAGAUUAAGAUGGGCAAAAGAACACAGACACUGGACUUUUUCUUUGCAACUCUUCCUAGAAGGUCAGCAUCCCGGAGUCGCCUCUUCACUGUUGACGUUGAGACUGGUGUUUUGCGGGUACUAUUUAAUGAAGCUGCCAGUUGAGGACCUGUGAGGCGUCUGUUUCUCAAACUAGAAGGGAUUUCUUAGAAAUUCCUGGAGUAAUCUGACCGUUCUUUCUUUCUUUUGUUGAGGAAUUUGUUGGUGAAUUAGGUUUAUUUUCUCUGGGAUGUGUUUGACACAGCUGUGGUACCUAGGGUGUGACUGCACACUGUACGUUUGAUGUGUGUGUGUGUGACAUGUACAGUGUGUUAUGUGGGGUUGUGUGUGUGCGUGCGUGCGUGCGUGCGUAUGAUUUACUCUGGUACUCUGUUUGCUGCCACAGCGAGUAUACCAGCCAGUGAGACGGAGUCAGUGAACACAGAGAACGUGGCUGAGGAUGAGGUGAAGACACCGUGCUGUGGACCUUUUUGGUAAGAACCCCCCACAGACUAUUACCACAUCUGCUGUACUGUCACUUAGAACACAACCUUGGAUAUCAUAGAAACUACGACAUUCUUUACAGAAACACAACCUCUGUCACCUGAGUGACCGAUCGUGUAAACACGUGUGUGUGGUCUUUAUAUCUGUAUCUAUCCUCUAUCCUGUCUGCUGAUGUAAAACGAGCUUAAAUAAUAUACAUUUGUUUGAUUAAUUCUAAGACCACUCCUGUUUGGUCAUAAAGAUGGUACAUAGGAUAUGUAGCUUUGUACAAAAUUAAUGAAUAUCCUGCAGUCAGCAAGCUGAACUGACAUUUAUUAUAAAUGUCUUGAUUUUUCCAGCCAAAUAAUUUCAAAGUCAAAGUUCAGGUCAGUGAAAUCACCUUGCCUUGCAUGUGUCCUUGCUUGAUGCAUGCAGCAGCAGUCUGUACAGUAAAACUUUUAUUUUUCUGCAUGAAGUGGUGACAUCUUUUAUUUCUGUAUAUAAAUGCUUGCUUAGGUUUUUCUACUGUAUGUGCUGUUCUGAUCUCUAGAGUCUGCAUUAAUGAGUCUUCAGGUAAUAAAUCAACUCCACCUCCCCUUUAAACAAGUCAGCAUGUAAUCUGGGGCAUCGGGAGGAACUGGAGGAGCUGGUGCCUUAUGCAGCGUUUUUAUACUUUGUGAUCUAUACUGCAUGCUAUGCUGCUCUCUCCCUCUCCCAAAGUUCUUUCAUCCAAAGUUCAUUGACUUCUCUUUCCCAAGUUUUCUUCAGAUAUUCUUUGAAUACAGUGCCUGCCUAAACCCCGUCUUUAUAUACAGUAUUUCCUAACUCCCCUCUAACCAUCGACCCUCCCCCUCUCCCCUCUUCAAUGACAACUUCCCUGUGCUGCCCCUACUCAUCUCCUUUUGCUGACAUCACUUCCUGUCUCACAGUCGGCGCUGGCGUCGCUGGAACAGGUUCUGCCGCAGGAAGUGCCGGGUGGCGGUGAAAUCGGUGCCUUUCUAUUGGCUGGUGAUCAUCCUGGUGUUUCUCAACACGCUCACCAUCUCUUCAGAGCACUACAACCAGCCUGACUGGCUCACACAAGUACAGGGUUAGUUCACUACAACCAGCCUGACUGUGUUACACAAGGACAGGGUUAGUACCCUACAACCAGCCUGACUGUGUUACACAAGUACAGGGUUAGUACACUACAUCCAGCCGGACUGUGUUACACAAGGACAGGGUUAGUACACUACAACCAGCCUGAAUGUGUUACAGAAGUACAGGGUUAGUACACAACAACCAGCCUGACUGUGUUACACAAGUACAGGGUUAGUACACUACAACCAGCCUGACUGGGUUACACAAGUACAGGGUUAGUUCACUACAACCAGCCUGACUGUGUUACACAAGUACAGGGUUAGUACACUACAACCAGUGUCUGUGAUCAUCCUGGUGUUUCUCAACACGCUCACCAUCUCCUCAGAGCACUACAACCAGCCUGACUGGCUCACACAAGUACAGGGUUAGUUCACUACAACCAGCCUGACUGUGUUACACAAGUUCAGGGUUAGUACACUACAACCAGCCUGACUGUGUUACACAAGUACAGGGUUAGUACACUACAACCAGCCAGACUGUGUUACACAAGUACAGAGUUAGUACACUACAACCAGCCUGACUGUGUUACACAAGUACAGGGUUAGUACACUACAACCAGCCUGACUGGGUUACACAAGUACAGGGUUAGUUCACUACAUCCAGCCUGACUGGGUUACACAAGUACCGGGUUUGUUCACUACAACCAGCCUGACUGGGUUACACAAGUACAGGUUUAGUACACUACAACCAGCCUGACUGGGUUACACAAGUGCAGGAAUAGUACACUACAACCAGCCUGGUGUUACACAAUACAUGGUUAGUACAACAACCAGCCUCUGUGUUACAAGUACAGGGUUAGUACACUACAACCACUGACGGGUAAAAGUACAGGGUUAGUCACUAAACCAGCCUGACUGGGUUACAAAGUACAGGGUUAGUUCACUACCACCAACGGUUAGGUCACAGUUACACCAGGUGUGUCAUACAACCAGCCUUGUACACAAUCAGGUUAUACCUACAACCAUGACUGGGUUACCACAACAGGGUUAUACACUACAACCGUCCUGACUGGUUACACAAGUACAGGGUUAGUACAUACAACCACCGACGUGUUAACACAAGCAGGUAGUACUACAACCAGCCGGUUACAAAAGCAGGUAGUUAACACAAACCUGAGGGGGUACAACAAGUACGGGUUGACACUACCAAUAAUGGGUUAACAAUACAUAGACCGACGGGACACAAGUAGGGUUUACACAAACCACCGGUUGUUAACACAGACGGUUACACAGUAAGUAGAAACUACACCAGCCUGAAUGUGUUAAGAAUACAGGUUGUAACCUCAACCACCUGACUGGGUUACACAAUACGGUUUAGUACCAACCACUGGGAACCAGCCUGACUGGGUUACACAAGUGCGGAAGUACAACACCUGUGUACAAAACAGGACUGGUUACACAAACAGCCUACUGGUACACAAACGGGUUGUACACUACAACCACUUGUUCACACAAGUACAGGUUGGUACACUAAACCACCUGACGGUUACACAACCAUAGUUACCCAGCUACCAGCUGAGGGGUACAAAGUACGGGUUAUACACUACAACCAGCUGACUGGGUUACACAGACAGGGUUAUCACCUACGUACUGGUUUACACAACCAAUGGUUACACAAGUACAGGGUUGACAUACAACCAUCGAGGGUUAACAAUACAGGUUAAAAUUACACCAGCCUGACGUGUUACACAAGUACAGGGUUAGUACACUACAACCAGCCUGACUGGGUUACACAAGUACAGGGUUAGUACACUACAACCAGCCUGACUGGGUUACACAAGUACAGGGUUAGUACACUACAACCAUCCUGACUGGGUUACACAAGUACAGGGUUAGUACACUACAACCAGCCUGACUGGGUUACACAAGUACAGGGUUAGUACACUACAACCAGCCUGACUGGGUUACACAAGUACAGGGUUAGUACACUACAACCAGCCUGACUGGUUACACAAGUACAGGGUUAGUACACUACAACCAGCCUGACUGGGUUACACAAGUACAGGGUUAGUACACUACAACCAGCCUGACUGGGUUACACAAGUACAGGUUUAGUACACUACAACCAGCCUGACUGGGUUACACAAGUACAUGGUUAGUACACUACAACCAGCCUGACUGGGUUACACAAGUACAGGGUUAGUACACUACAACCAGCCUGACUGGGUUACACAAGUACAGGGUUAGUACACUACAACCAGCCUGACUGUGUUACACAAGUACAGGGUUAGUACACUACAACCACUGUUACACAAGUAAGUACAGGAGUUAGUACCACUACAACCAGCCUGACUGGUUCACAAGUACAGUUAGUACACUACAACCAGGCCUGGACUGGGUUACACAAGUACGGGUUAGUAGCUUCACUACAUCCAGCCUGACUGGGUUACACAAGUACCGGGUUAGUCACUACAACCAGCCUUGACUGGGUUACACAAGUUACAGGUUUAUACACUACAACCAGCCUUGACUGGGUUACACAAGUGCAGGGUUAGUACACUACAACCAGCCUGACUGGGUUUACACAAGUUACAGGGUUAGUAACACACAAUCCAAGCCUGGACUGGGUUACACAAGUACCGGGUUAGUUCAACUCCAACCAAGCCUGCACUGGUGGUUACACAAGUACAGGUUUAGUUACACAACAACCAGCCUGACUGUGUUACACAAGUACAGGGUUAGUACACUACAACCCAGCCUGACUGGGUUACACAAGGUACAGGGUAGUACACUACAACCAGCCGACUGGGUUACACAAGUACAGGGUUAGUACACUAACAACCAGCAGGACUGUGUUACAAAGUACAGGGUUAGUAAACUACAACCAGCCUGAAUGUGGUUACAGAAGUACAGGUUAGUUACUAAACCAGCCUGACUGGGUUACACAAGUACAGGUUACACUCAACCAGCCUGACUGGGUUACACGUUGGAUAGCACUACAACCAGCCUACUGGUUUACACAAGUACAGGUGUACACCACCACCUGACUGUUACACAAUCAGGGUUUGUACACUACACCCGCCUGACUGUGUACACAUAAGGGUUAGUACACUACACCAUCCGUGGUUAACAAGUAAGGUUAGUACACUACACCAGCCUCUGGGUUACACAAGUACAGGGUUAGUCACUACAUCCAUCCGACUGGGGUUUCACAAGUACAGGGUUAGUCACUACACCAGCCUGACUGGUUCACAAGUCAGGGUUAGUACCUAACCACCUGACUGGGUUUUCCAAGUCAGGGUUAGUUACACUACAACCCCUGACUGGGUUACACAAAUACGGUUAGUACAUACAACCGCCUGACUGGUUCACAAUUUCAGGGUUAGUCAUACACCAAACCCGACUGGUUACAAAGUACCGGGUUAGUUCACUACAACCAGCCUGACUGGGUUACACAAGUACAGGUUUAGUACACUACAACCAGCCUGACUGGGUUACACAAGUGCAGGAAUAGUACACUACAACCAGCCUGAAUGGGUUACACAAGUACAGGGUUAGUACAGUACAACCAGCCUGACUGGGUUACACAAGUACAGGAUUAGUACACUACAACCAGCCUGACUGUGUUACACAAGGACAGGGUUAGUACACUACAACCAUCCUGACUGUGUUACACAAGUACAGGAUUAGUACACUACAACCAGCCUGACUGUGUUACACAAGUACCGGGUUAGUACACUACAACCAGCCUGACUGUGUUACACAAGUACAGGAUUAGUACACUACAACCAGCCUGACUGUGUUACACAAGGACAGGGUAUGCGGCUACCACUCUCAGUCUAAAACUCCUGGCCCUAACUAUAGUAUCUAUGAUAUUUGCUAUACUGUUAAUGUGUUAUAUUGACUGACACCUCCUUCUGCCCUGCGUGUUUCCAGACGUGGCAAACAAGGUUCUGCUGGGCAUGUUUACGUGUGAGAUGAUGACCAAGAUGUACAGUCUGGGCCUGCAGGCCUACUUUGUGUCCCUUUUCAACCGAUUUGACUGCUUCGUGGUGUGUGGAGGCAUCACCGAGACCAUCCUGGUGGAGCUGGCCAUCAUGUCUCCUCUGGGCAUCUCUGUGUUCCGCUGUGUCCGCUUGCUCAGGAUCUUCAAGGUCACACGGUGAGACCACUAUCAUGUGGAGUAGGGUGAAGUUGCCCCUAGGCGCUGAUCUUGGGUCAGUGUUGCUCUCCCACUAAUGGUUGAGGUAAGGAUUGAGGGAGGGGAAGCUGAUCAUAGAUCUGUACCUAGGGGAAACUUCACCCCGGAUCAAUGCCGGUGUCAAAUCAAAUCAAAUCAAAUUUUAUUUUUCACAUGUUUCGUAAACAACAGGUGUAGACUAACAGUGAAAGGCUUACUUACGAGUCCUUUUUCAACAAUGCAGAGUUAAAGAUAAAGAGAAAAUACAAAUAUAAAUAGUGACACAAGGAAUAACUACACAGUGAAUAACUAAUAACAAUAAAGAGUAAAAAUAACAUGGCUAUCGAGUCAAUGUGCAGGAAUACUAGGUAAAUGAGGUAGCUAUGUACAAACAGUGCCUUCAGAAAGUAUUCACACCAAAGGGACAUUUUUACAGUCAAUAACUAUUCAACCAGUUUGUUAUGACAAGCCUAAAUAAGUUCAGGAGUAAACAUUUGCUUAACAAGUUGCAUUGACUUACUCUGUGUGCAAUAAUAGUGUUUAACAUUAUUUUUGAAUGACUACCUCAUCUCUGUACCCCACACAUACAAUUAUCAGUGAGAUCCCUCAGUCGAGCAGUGAAUUUCAAACACAGAUUCAACCACAAAGACCAUGGAGGUUUUCCAAUGCCUCGCAAAGAAGGGCACAUAUUGGUAGAUGGGUACAAAUAAAAAAAAGCAGACAUUGAAUAUCCCUUUGAUCAUGGUGAGGGUAUUAAUUACACUUUGUCACGAUCGUUACACGAUGAAGCGGACCAAGGCGCAGCGUGAUAGGCGUACAUACUUUUAUUAGUGUACACACAACGAACCAAAACAAUAAACGAUACGUGAAGUCCUAGGUUAAAUACACAAACCUUCCGGAACAAGAUCCCACAAUAAACACGAACUAGAACACAACAUAGAAAAUCACACAUAGAAAAUCCACACCCUGGCUCAACAUAUAAGAGUCCCCAGAGCCAGGGCGUGACAGUACCCCCCCCCCCCCCAAAGGCGCGGACUGCGACCGCGCCAACCAAACACAACAGGGGAGGGGCCGGGUGGGCAUUCCGCCUCGGAGGCGGAUCCGGCUCCGGGCGUGACCACCACUCUCUCGCUACCCCCCCGUAGCGCCCCUGCUCUGGUCUGGCCCCGCUGGCCGGAGCUGGACUAGACACCGGUGGAGCGGAUUGCUCAGGCUCCGGUGUGGAGCAGCUGACAGGCACCGGUGGAGCAGGCACGGGCUGUGCCGGACUGACGACGUGCACCACUGGCUUGGUGCGGGGAGCAGGAACAGGCCGGACCGGGCUGGCGACGCGCACCACUGGCUUGGUGCGGGGAGCAGGAACGGGCCGGACCGGGCUGACGACGUGCACCACUGGCUUGGUGCGGGGAGUAGGAACAGGCCGGACCGGGCUGACGACGCGCACCACUGGCUUGGUGCGGGGAGCAGGAACUGGCCGGACCGGGCUGACGACGCGCACCACAGGCUUGGUGCGGGGAGUAGGAACAGGCCGGACCGGGCUGGCGACGCGCACCACUGGCUUGGUGCGGGGAGCAGGAACAGGACGGACCGGGCUGGCGACGCGCACCACAGGCUUGGUGUGGGGAGCAGGAACAGGCCGAACUGGGCUGGCGACGCGCACCACAGGCUUGGUGCGAGGGACAGGAACAGGCCGGACCGUACUGGGAACACACACCACUGGCCUUGUGCGGGGAUCAGGAACGGGCCGGACCGGACUGGUAACACACCCCAGGACCUCUCGCCGUGCCUCUACACUCUCCUUCUCCCUCGUGACCAGUGGCCCCCGUAACCUGGCGGCCUCCUCUGCAAACCUGCCGAACCGCUCUAUCGCGGCUUCCCGCUGCCUGGCCGUCCACGGUGUGAGCCCCCCCCCUACAAAUGUUUGGGGCUUGUCUCUCCCCCGUGAACAUGGCCUCCAUGGCUCUCGCCAGACUCUCACUCUUCUCCUCCCACGUCCAUCCUCUCUCCUCGUCACGCUGCUUGAUCCAGUCGAGGUGGGAUCUUCUGUCACGAUCGUUACACGAUGAAGCGGACCAAGGCGCAGCGUGAUAGGCGUACAUACUUUUAUUAGUGUACACACAACGAACCAAAACAAUAAACGAUACGUGAAGUCCUAGGUUAAAUACACAAACCUUCCGGAACAAGAUCCCACAAUAAACUUGUGCCAAAAGGCUGCCUAAGUAUGGUUCCCAAUCAGAGACAACGAGAAUCAGCUGCCUCUGAUUGGGAACGACCCUGGCCAACAUAGAAAACACGAACUAGAACACAACAUAGAAAAUCACACAUAGAAAAUCCACACCCUGGCUCAACAUAUAAGAGUCCCCAGAGCCAGGGCGUGACACACUUUGGAUAGUGUAUCAAUACACCCAGUCACUACAAAGAUAACUCCCUAACUUAGUUGCCGGAGAGUAAGGAAACCGCUCAGGGAUUUCACCAUGAGGCCACUGGUGACUUUUAAAACAGUUACAGAGUUUAAUGGCUGUGAUAGGAGAAAACUGAGGAUGGAUCAACAACAUUGUAGUUACUCCACAAUACUAACCUAAUUGACAGAGUGAAUAGAAGACAGCCUGUACAGAAUACAAAAAUUGCAAAACAUGCAUCUUGUUUGCAACAAGGCACUUAAGUAAUACUGCAAAAAAUGUGGCAAAGCAAUUAACUUUUUGUCCUGAAUACAAAGUGUUAUGUUUGGGGCAAAUCCAAUACAACACAUUACUGAGUACCACUCUCCAUAUUUUCAAGCAUAGUGUUAUGAGUAUGCUUGUAAUUGUUAAGGACUGGGGAGUUUUUCAGGAUAAAAAAGAAACUGGAGUUAAGCACAUGCAAAAUCCUAGAGGUAAACCUGGUUCAGUCUGCUUUCCACCAGACACUGGGAGAUGAAUUAAUCGUUCAGCAGGACAAUAACCCUAAAACACAAAGCCAAAUCUACACUGGAAUUGCUUACCAAGAAGACAGUGAAUGUUCCUGAGUGGCCGAGUUACAGUUUUGACUUAAAUCUAUUUGAAAAUCUAUGGCAAGACCUGAAAAUGUCUGUCUAGCAAUGAUCAACAACCAAUUUGACAGAUCUUGAAGAAUUUUGAAAAUAAUAAUGGGCAAAUGUUGCAUAAUCCAGGUGUGGAAAGCUCUUAGAUACGUACCCAGAAAGACUCACAGCUGUACUCGCUGCCAAAGGUGUUUUUACGAAGUAUUGACUCAGGAGUGUGAAUACUUAUGUAAAUGAGAUAUUUCUGUAUUUCAUUUUCAAUAAAUGUGCAAAUGUAAAAACAUGUUUUCAAUUUCUCACUAAUGGGUUAUUGUGUGUAGAUCCAUUUUGAAUUCAGGCUAUAACACAACUAAAUGUGGAAUAAGUCAAGGGGUAUGAAUAAUUUUUGAAGGCACUGUAGGUAGGGGUAAAGUGACUAGGCAGCAGGAUAGAUAGUAGACUUAGCUGUAGCAACAGCGUAUGUGGAGCAGUAGCAGCAGCGUAUGUGGUGAGUGUGUGUGAUCGUGUGUGUGACGUCAGUAUGCAUGUGUGCAUAUGUUAUGUGUGUGUGGGCAUAUGUAGUGUAUGAGUGUGUUGGGGUGUCAGUGUAAGUGUGUGUGAGUGUAGGGUGCAGAGUGUGGCUGUGACUCGAGAUGUGUUUGUGUGUGUGUGUUUGUUUAUGCUCUUUGGCCAGAGUAAAGUGUAAAAAAAAAUCAGUUUGUUUAUGUGUGUGUGUGUGUGUACAUACUGUGUGGGUGUGUGUAAUUUUGCCUAACCCCCCCCUUCUCUGUGUGUUGUCCAGUCACUGGCAGUCUCUCAGUAACUUGGUGGCGUCGCUGCUGAACUCCAUGAAGUCCAUCGCCUCCCUGCUCCUCCUCCUCUUCCUCUUCAUCAUCAUCUUCUCCCUGCUGGGCAUGCAGGUGUUCGGAGGCAAGUUCAACUUCGACGAGACACAGACCAAGAGGAGCACCUUCGAUAACUUCCCCCAGGCACUGCUCACUGUGUUUCAGGUGGGUGAACAGUACAGUGUGUGGGGGUGUUCUCUCUCUCUCACACACACCUACUUAUAUUUAGAACCUCAUGAGUUACCUACAUGUAUAUUUAGUGAAUGUUGUAUAUACUGUAAGGAGAGCCUCCUCAUGAUGACAUCAUGACAUGAGGGCUAGCACAGUGAACCCGGGUCUCCCACGAGAGAAACCAACGUCCUGGCCAUUAUACCAAGAGGAAAUUCCCUCUUGGGGCGAGGGCAGACACUGAUUUUGAAGUCACAGGCGAGGCUACCUCAUAACGUCACCAUGAGCAACCAUGACCGACUCAUGUCCGCUACAUAAACACUGAUUGCCAUUUGCAGUGAAUAAAGUAAUGCUCAGUAUAUUUUCAAUGCAUUUUUCCACAAUAGGUGGGUAAACGCUUGAGACAAAUAACGUCAAAGGCAUUUAAAGGCGUUUACCCUUCACUACUCCACUGGGCUAGCCAUACCAGAACUAUUGUUGGUUUUUCUUUAGAUAACUCCUCUGUCUGUUUCCGCUGUAUGUUGUGUAUUACAGUACAUAAGUAGAGUAAUAUGCACCAUUGUCUCUCUAUGGCAUGUUAUAUAAACUACAGUAGUAUGUGAUGAUGUACUAAUUUACAUUUACAUUUGAGUCAUUUAGCAGACGCUCUUAUCCAGAGCGACUUACAGUUAGUGAGUGCAUACAUUUUUCAUAAUGGCCCCCCAUGGGAAACGAACCCACAACCCUGGCGUUGCAAGCGCCAUGCUCUACCAACUGAGCUACACUAAUCAAAUCAAAGUUUAUUGCCGAUGUUAUCAGGUGCAGUGAAAUGCUUGUGUUUCUAGCUCCAACAGUGCAGGAAUACCAAGCAAUACAAAAAAACUAUACACACAUAAUAAAAAAAUUAUUUACAAAAAAAUGAGAAAUAUAAACAUAUAUACAUAUAAUGUAUAUUACAUAUUAUGGUGUGUAUCGACAGUAUGGACAGUAUAUGAAUAGAAAAUGUGUGUACAGCAGUAGUUACAUAGGAUGAGCCAUGACUAGAAUACAGUUUGUACAUAGAAAGCGGGUGAAACAGUAUGUAAACAUUAUUAAAGUGGCCAGUGCUCAAUGACUCUAUGUAUAGUUCCUUCAGAAAGUAUUCAUACCCCUUGACAUAUUCCACAUUUUGUUGUGUUACAGCCUGAAUUCAAAAUGGAUUAAAUUGAUUUUUUUGUCUCACCCAUCUACACACAAUACAUUUACAUUUUACAUGUACGUCAUUUAGCAGACGCUCUUAUCCAGAGCGACUUACAAAUUGGUGCAUUCACCUUAUAGCCAGUGGGAUAACCACUUUACAAUAUGUAUUUUUAUUUUAUUUUUUAUAAUGACAAAGUGAAAACAUGUAUUUAGAAAAAUGAAGUACAGAAUUAUCACACCCCUGAGUUAAUACUUUAUAGAUGCACCUUUGGCAGCGAGUACAGCUGUGAGUCUUUUGGGGUAAGCCUCUAAGAGCUUUGCAACCUGGAUUGUACAAUAUUUGCCCAUUAUUCCUUUUAAAAUUCUUUGAGCUCUGUCAAGUUGAUUGUUGAUCAUUGCUAGAAAGCCAUUUUCAAGUCAUGCCAUAGAUUUUCAAGCCGAUUUAAGUCAAAACUGUAACUAGGCCACUCACAAACGUUCAAUGUCGUCUUGGUAAGCAACUCCAGUGUAGAUUUGGCCUUGUGUUUUAGGAUAUUGUCCUGCUGAAAGGUGAAUUUGUCUCCCAGUGUCUUUUGGAAAGCAGACUGAACCAGGUUUUCCUCUAGGAUUUUGCCUGUGCUUUUAGCUGUUUUCUGUUUCUUUUUAUCCUAAGAAACUCUCUAGUCCUUGCCGAUGACAAGCAUACCCAUAACAUGAUGCAGCCACCACCAUGUUUGAAAAUAUGAAGAGUGGUACUCAGUGAUGUGUUGUGUUGGAUUUGGUGAAUGCACCAAUUUAUAAUAAUAUAAUAUGCCACUUAGCAGACGCUUUUAUCCAAAGCGACUUACAGUCAUGCAUGCAUACAUUUUUUUGUGUAUAAUUUGUAACUCGCUAUGGAUAAGAGCGUCUGCUAAAUGACGUAAAUGUAAAUGUAAUUUGCCCCAAACAUAACACUUUGUAUUCAGGACAAAAAGUUCAUUUCUUUGCCACAUUUUUUUUUAGUAUUACUUAAGUGCUUUGUUGCAAACAGGAUGCAUGUUUUGUCCUGAAUUUAGGUUAGUAUUGUGGAGUAACUACAAUGUUGUUGAUCCAUCCUCAGUUUUCUCCUAUCACAGCCAUUCAACUCUGUAACUGUUUUAAAAUCACCAUUGGCCUCAUGGUGAAAUAGCUAGGAAGGACGCCUGUAUCUUUGUAGUGACUGGGUGUAUUGAUACACUAUCCAAAGCAUAAUUAAUAACUUCACCAUGCUCAAAGGGAUAUUCACUGUAUGUUUUUUUUUUUUUUACACAUCGACCAAUCGGUGCCCUUCUUUGCGAGGCAUUGAAAAACCUCCUUGGUCUUUGUGGUUGAAUCUGUGUUUAAAAUUCACUACUCGAUUGAGGGACCUUACAGAUAAUCGUAAGUGUGGGGUACAGAGAUGGGAUAGUCAUUCAUGUUAACCACUAUUAUUGCACACAGAGUGAGUCCAUGCAAUUUAUUAUGCAAUUUGUUAAGCACAUUUUUACUUCUGAACUUAUUUAGGCUUGCCAUAACAAAGGGGAUGAAUACUUAUUGCCUCAAGACAUUUCAGAUCAGAAUAACAAAAGGACUGGACUUCCUGUACGUUACCACAAUCACACCAUGAGUUGUUAAUCAUGAAACAUACACCUCCACCUUUCUUUUUCCCGGAGAGUUCUUUCUUCCUGUCCAUGCAAUGGACUGAGAAGCCCGCUGGCUGAAUGGAUGGGGACAAUAUAUCUGGAGAGAGCCAUGAUUCUGUAAAACAGAGUAUGUUACAGUCCCUGAUGUCUCUUUGGAAUGAGAUCCUCGCCCUGAGUUCAUCUACUUUAUUGUCCAGGGACUGAACGUAAGUAAGAAAUAUACUCAGAAGCGGUGGAUAGUAUGCACGCUGCCUGAGUCUAACUAGGGCUCCACUCCUUCUACCUCUACUCUCCGGCGUCAGCGUUUUGGUGCUGGCCCCAGGAUGAAUAGAGCUGCCUCGUGCAGUUCAAACAAAGGAUCCAGGUCAGGGAAGACAAAAUUCUGGAUAAAAAUUUGAUGAGUGACCUCCGAUCGAAUAUCCAAAAGUUAUUUCCGGCUGUAGGUAAUAAUACAAGAAACGUUCUGAGCAAAUAAUGUACGAAUUAACAAAAAAAUAAAAAUAAUACUGCAAAGUUGGCUGGGAACUAGAAACAGGGUGACCGUGUCUGUCGGCGCCAUCUUGUUACCAGUGAAUGCUGUAUGUGUAUCCAUAGAAUCGCAUAUGAAUUCUAGGACCUCUAUGUGUGUAGCAUCCAAAAUGAUUGAGUGUAUUUGGGUGCGUUGUGCCCAGAUCCUGACAGGUGAAGACUGGAACGCUGUGAUGUAUGACGGCAUCAUGGCGUACGGCGGCCCUUCUUCCUCAGGGAUGAUCGUCUCAUUCUACUUCAUUAUCCUCUUCAUCUGCGGAAACUGUAUCCUUUCGUUACCACACUCAUCCUGUCAUCCCAAUCUCUCUGACCCCAGAUAAUCCCAAUCUGCUCUAACUACGUAGUUUCUAUUCACUAACCACAGAUUCUACUUUUUAACUAGUUAAAGUGACUUGAUGUGACUUGACCAGGUCAAACUAAUUUCCCUAGUUCUAUGGAUUCUUCUUUAUGGACAUGGUCUACCAGGGUGGAUAUAGACAAAAUCCAAGUUGUUCUUGUUCAUGUUCUUAUGAAUAGGGAUGGAGCCUUGCAAACACAACCCCUUUUUUGUUUAUGUAGUCAGUCUUGUUUCUUCCGUCCUUAUCGCAAUGAACAUUUCAGACGUUUCUGAAUAAGUGUAUAUGAGUAUGUAGCUCAUACAGUACAAUAGAUGUGUUCAGGUUCUGUCCUUGACUGAACACUUUGCUCAGACAUCCUGCUGAACGUCUUCUUGGCUAUUGCUGUGGACAACCUGGCAGACGCAGAGUCUCUCAACGCUCCAAGAGACAAAAAGGACGAGAAAAAGGAAGAGGUAAAACUCCAUCCCAGACAUAUUGUGGUUCAGGUUUAUUCAGCAUCAUUGUAUACAUGUGUUGCAUCUGAUUCCAGACUUACAGUUAUAACUUUUUAUCACAUUUGCUUCUAUGGAUACAGGCACCAGUGGAGGAGGAAGAGGACAAUGCUGCAGGUACAGUCCUGGGUGUGUGUGUGUGUGUGUGUGUGUUUGUGUGUGUGUGUGUGUGUGUGUGUGUGUGUGUGUGUGUGUGUGUGUGUGUGUGUGUGUGUGUGUGUGUGUGUGUGUGUGUGUGUGUGUGUGUGUGUGGUCUAUCCCUCUCACUGUGAGUCUGUGCAGCGGAGGAGGAGGAGGAGGAGCCGGAGGUUCCAGCAGGGCCACGCCCAGCCAUCUCUGAGUUGGUCAAGAAGGAGAAGAUCACCCCCAUCCCUGACGGCAGUGCUUUCUUCAUCUUCAGCAAGACUAACCCGUAGGUCACACACACACACACACAAACACAUACGCACACACGCACACACUCUUUUCUGAGCUCUCUCGGCAGGUGUGUGUAUUUUCUGUGGUUCUCCUCAGGAUCCGGGUGGGAUGUCAUAAACUCAUCAACCACCACAUCUUCACCAACCUCAUCCUGGUCUUCAUCAUGCUCAGCUCUGUCUCCCUCGCUGCAGAGGACCCCAUACGCAACUUCUCCGCACGCAACAUCGUAAGUACAGAAACCUUCUGUCUACAUUAGAAUAAUGUUGGGUCAUAUUUAUUGGAACACAUAGUAUACAGUCAAUUAUUUUCAAUUGUUAGGCUACAUAGUAGUACAUAGUAAAGAAACAUUCUGUAUUGAUUUGUGAUAUUUACAAGUAAAUAGUACUUAUUUUAAGGUUAUUGAUUUAGAUUUAGUGAUUUAGUUUGUUAAGAGUGACAUUAACGGUAAUGAUAACUCUUUCCUGAACUUUCCCCCAUGAUCCUCUGAGGCAGCAGGUUCAAUGACUUUGGAAUCAUUAUGUAAUCUCAUCAAUUUAACCUCAAACAGCAGGAACUGUAAGAUGAUAUGUCAUUGUGGUAGUAGGUGGAUGACAUCGUGCAGGUGCUCUUAAUGAAAUUAUAUAUUGAAUAUAUACUGCAUUAUAGAAUAUAUUGUAAUCUACAUGGAUUUGAUUAAUUUAUAUGAAUACUGUAGAUUUUUUGUUUAAGCAUACUAAGUCCUUUCCUAUGCUCUUUCCUGCACACAUGGAUUCCCACUCUAACUUGUUUUUCAAAUGUCUUUGAUGAACAUACUUGCAUAACCUGUAUAAUCUUUGUUAAACAUGUUCGUUGCUUUUUGCAGAUACUUGGUUACUUUGACUAUGCUUUCACGGCUAUCUUUACUGUUGAGAUCCUGUUGAAGGUAAAUGGCCUGUGUCUGCCUCUCUGUGCUGUCAACUAACUGACCCCACAGUAACACUCCCAAACGUCUGGUUGCCUUCCAGGUCCUAGGCUAUGCAGAUUAUGUCUUCACUAGUAUGUUUACAUUUGAGAUCAUGUUAAAGGUAACUCUCGCUAAUGACGACAGAGAGCCUUGCUGCACUCUCUCCUUGUGUGUCACCUGCUGCCACCACAGUACUACCUGCCUUGUUUUAGUUUUCCUUUUCUGUUCUUUCUCUUUUUACUCCAUGGCACCUCUUUUAACUACCAAAACAUCUAGACUGCCAUCAUUAGCUUAACUCACUUACUAGCACUGCACACACACUAACUAACACAAGAGUUGUUCAAUUUCCACUAAUCAAGAAACUAAUAAUCCAGGAAGGAAUCAAAGACACAAACUAUCCCAGAUUGGUGUCAUCAUGUUUGUCACGUUUGGAAAAGUCAUCAUUGAGUUGAAAAGGUUUUGGAAUUUUGACCGACGACACAAUUUUGUGCAACUCUCUAAAAAUUAUGCAACUCUUUGUGCAAGGAAAGAGAUAUCAAUGUGCUGUUUAAGAGAUUAAGCUUUGACUGAAGUUGACCUUGAAGUCAUUUGGGGAGUGUUGGGGGGUUUAAAAACAAACAUCUAAGGCCAUCUCCAGUCAAAGCCAACUCUAUGCCUCUGUUUCAUACUGACUGACUGCUAUUCAGAUACUAAGCCAUAAAAGAGGGGGCAAACCAACCAUGUUCAUGUCGAGCAUGGGCUUUCCCCUGAUUGACUGAGUGCUUAGAAAUGUAGUGUUUCCUUCAGAACCCUUAAAAGGACAGCCCAACCCCGCCCAGUCCUGUCCAGGGUCGUAUUCAUUAGGGCACACCGUAGCAACAUGUUUUGCAACGGAAUGCGAAAACUAGGGUUUCUUAUUGGACCAGUUCAGAUAGUCCUUCCCUGUUGUUUUUUUUUGGUGCCGAAUGAACACGACCCAGCUCAGUUUGGUCCUGCUGCAUUAGCAGUGCUUUCUGUUAGCGCUAGCUGCUCUCUACAUUUACAUGCACUCAGGACGAUGAAUCCUUUUCUUUUAUGAUUUCAACAAGACUUCCUUUUGCUGGGUUGUUUACUUCUCUGCCUGCUGAAGUCUGAUAUUUGUAUCCCUUUAUAUUAAAGAACAUGAAGGAAUGUGCUUUAAGGGAAACGGCCAUACAUGAAUGUGUCAGUAAGGGCAUUCAGUUUUCCAAUCGGUAGGGCGUUCGAUCCUUUCGUUUCUCUCAGGUAGUAGAUAUAAUAUUUGUCCUCAGCGUGGCAACAAACUGCAUGUUUUAUUGCCGCGAGUGACCCUGUUAUUAGCCGAUUGUGAAAUGAAUGACUUUCUACUACAUUCAUGUACCACGGUGCCGCAGGGUGGCGACGGUAGCUGCUAACCUGCUGUUCUACUGCUCUGAGUCUGAGCUCGCCACCCUGAAAUAGAGUGAUCUACAAGAGUGUGGAAAUACUGUAUGUGGGUGUAUGUGGGUUUGAGGGGAGGUGUGUCUGUUUGUCUUGUGGUGUAAAACGGUGUAUUUGUGUACUUGUGUGUGUCCCUGUGUUUGUGUGAAUGUGUGUGUUGAUGUGUGUAUUUGUGUGUAUUUCUUAGUGUUUGUUACUCGUCUAACUUGCUGUGCCCUUCCCUCCAGAUGACCACAUACGGAGCGUUCCUCCAUAAAGGAGCGUUCUGUAGGAACACUUUCAACCUGCUGGAUCUGCUGGUGGUGGGGGUCUCCCUGGUCUCCUUCUGCAUCCAGUCAGUACCUGCUGCUACCCUCCACCUACACUAUUACUUUUUUCUCUCUCUCUCUCUCUCUCUCUCUCUCUCUCCUCUCUCUCUCUCUCUCUCUCUCUCUCUCCUCCUCCUCUCUCUCUCUCUCUCCUCCUCUUCUCUCUCUCUCCUCCUCCCUCUCUCUCUCUCCCCUCUCCUCUCUCAGUCCUUCUCUCUCUCUCUCUCUCUCUCUCUCUCCUUCCUCUCUUCUCUUCUCCUCCUCCUCUCCCCUCUCUCUCUCUCUCUCUCCCCUUCUCUCUCUCUCCCUUGUCUCUCUCUCUCGCUCCUCUCUCCUCUCUUCCUCUCUCUCUCUCUCUCUUCCUCCUCUCUCUCUCUCUCCUUCUUCUCUCUUUCUCCUCUCUCUCUCUCUCUCACCUCUUUCUUAUCUAAUUCCUCCCCCUUUCCUCUCUCUCUCUGUUUCUUCUCCUGUCCUAACACAUCAUUUUUUUAUUGAUAUGGUCAAGUUUGAUAUGACAAUGAGUGAUUGUGUUUAGAGAGUGCAAGUUUGUUUCUGACAGUGAGUUCCUGUGAUGACAUUUAGGUCCUCUGCCAUCUCAGUGGUGAAGAUUCUGAGAGUCCUGCGAGUGCUCAGGCCCCUGAGGGCCAUCAACCGAGCCAAGGGCCUCAAGGUACAGUACUGCCUCAUCCUAAAACGUUAUACCUCCUACUCCUUCUCUUUAUGGACCAUAUUACUUGCCUCAGUAUUGGUAGAACAAUUGCAGUACACUUGGGAUAGUUUGUUGCCAAAAUCUUUACAGGGUUUAAAGAAAAAACUUUCUAGUUCACGGUACUGUAUCAUCGCUAUACAUUUACAAUACAUUUACGUCAUUUAGCAGACGCUCUUAUCCAGAGCGACUUACAAAUUGGUGCAUUCACCUUAUAGCCAGUGGGAUAACCACUUUACAAUAUGUAUUUGUAUUUGUAUAUUUUUUUUGGGGGGGCGUGAGGUAAGGGGGGGUAGAAGGAUUACUUUAUCCUAUCCCAGGUAUUCCUUAAAGAGGUGGGGUUUCAAGUGUCUCCGGAAGGUGGUCAGUGACUCCGCUGUCCUGGCGUCGUGAGGGAGCUUGUUCCACCAUUGGGGUGCCAGAGCAGCAAACAGUUUUGACUGGGCUGAGCGGGAACUGUGCUUCCGCAGAGGUAGGGGGGCCAGCAGGCCAGAGGUGGAUGAACGCAAUGCCCUCGUUUGGGUGUAGGGACUGAUCAGAGCCUGAAGGUACGGAGGUGCCGUUCCCCUCACAGCUCCGUAGGCAAGCACCAUGGUCUUGUAGCAGAUGCGAGCUUCAACUGGAAGCCAGUGGAGUGUGCGGAGGAGCGGGGUGACGUGAGAGAACUUGGGAAGGUUGAACACCAGACGGGCUGCGGUAUUCUGGAUGAGUUGUAGGGGUUUAAUGGCACAGGCAGGGAGCCCAGCCAACAGCGAGUUGCAGUAAUCCAGACGGGAGAUGACAAGUGCCUGGAUUAGGACCUGUGCCGCUUCCUGUGUAAGGCAGAGUCGUACUCUCUGAAUGUUGUAGAGCAUGAACCUACAGGAUCGGGUCACCGCCUUGAUGUUAGCGGAGAACGACAGAAUGUUGUCCAGGGUCAUGCCAAGGCUCUUCGCACUCUGGGAGGAGGACACAACGGAGUUGUCAACCGUGAUGGUGAGAUCAUGGAACGGGCAGUCCUUCCCCUCUUGCCGAGGUUCAGCUUGAGGUGGUGAUCCGUCAUCCACACUGAUAUGUCUGCCAGACAUGCAGAGAUGCGAUUCGCCACCUGGUUAUCAGAAGGGGGAAAGGAGAAGAUUAGUUGUGUGUCGUCUGCGUAGCAAUGAUAGGAGAGGCCAUGUGAGGAUAUGACAGAGCCAAGUGACUUGGUGUAUAGCGAGAAUAGGAGAGGGCCUAGAACUGAGCCCUGGGGGACACCAGUGGUGAGAGCACGUGGUGCGGAGACAGAUUCUCGCCACGCCACUUGGUAGGAGCGACCGGUCAGGUAGGACGCAAUCCAAGAGUGAGCCGCGCCGGAGAUGCCCAGCUCAGAGAGGGUGGAGAGGAGGAUCUGAUGGUUCACAGUAUCAAAGGCAGCAGACAGGUCCUAUAUAUUUGACAUAUAUUGACCUUUCAUCAAUGUAAUGCCAUCUUACUGUUCAAUAGCUGCUAACAUUUGAACUUUGCCCCCUACAGCACGUGGUCCAGUGUGUGUUUGUGGCCAUCAGGACCAUUGGUAACAUCAUGAUCGUCACCACGCUGCUGCAGUUCAUGUUCGCCUGCAUAGGAGUGCAGCUAUUCAAGGUCAAC